AUGCAACCCUUCCACAUUACCGCUACUGGCUAUAGUCUCAAUUAUCUCCCAGAGUACAUUGCCCUUCGACAUGGCUUCUUCCGAGAACAGGGACUCGAUGUAACGGUUCACAUCCCAACACCUUGGGACGGCGUACUUGACGCGCUCGCCGAUGGUUCCGCUACAAUGUGCCUUGGAGGAAUCUGGGUGCCGUCCAUGUACCGCGAAAGGGUACAGAAUUACACUGUCUUUACGCAGAUUGCGAGUCGGGCACCUCUCGCCUUGAUUCGACGUGCCAGUGAUAAAAGCUUCAACCUAUCCGAAGUGACUGGGCGUACUGUCCUGAUAAAUUCGGGUGGUGGGGGCAGUUUUGGCCUUUUCUUCAAGAUGUUGCUCCGUGAGAACGGAAUUGAUGCGAAAUCAGUCGACUACAUCCAGGAUUUGAAUGGUGAAAUGCUGGGCAAUCUAUUCCAAGGCGGCAUGGGCGACUAUUUUGUCACUGAUAACCUCUCUGCCCUGGCCAUGGUCACCCGCAACCCUGAUUUGAGUAUUGCCAUGCAGAUGGUCACUCAAGGCGACGUCCCAUGGAGCGUGUAUUAUCGGGAAACUGCCACAAUCACACCAGAGAUAUUAAAUGCUCAGAAGCGGUUUUGCAUUGCUCUUCAGAAGGGCAUAGACUGGGUCCUUCUGCACGACGCAGAAUCAUUCCAAGAUGAGCUCUCCGAACUUUUCCCCAGUGUUCCAAUUGAUGUCGUUGUCUCUGUUACCAACGACUUCCGCCACAAUGGCAUGUGGGUGACCACUUCUGUGCCUCGCGACGGUUACGAUCGCUGGCAAUUAGGACUGCGCGAUGCGCGCCUAGUCAAGGAGCCAAUUGUUUAUGAGGACCUUGUUGACAACACACCUUCAGCCGCUGCGCUGACUAUAGCGAAAGCUUCAACAAAAUAG